AUGAGCAUCGGUGUGAGACGUUUUGAAUAUUUGGCACUGAUUUGCACUCUUCGCACUCAGCCCACCGUCAGAUCCUCUCGUGGCGGCCAGAGCCUGGAAAGCAAGGCUCUUGGCUGCCGGGAGGGUCCGAAGGUCCGAAGGCAAGUCACCAAGUCUCAGAACCGAAGCUUGUUGGCUACGAAUGUUCCAUGGGCCGCUUGUGAGAAACUGGCACUGGAGGAAUUUCUCGGAUGGACACUAGGCGCUAGGCCACGGAGCAAAGCCACUGCACGAGGCUUUGCUUCUGGAUCCUGCGGAUCUGUAAAGUGA